CACAACUACUAGGCUGUUCCUCUAUCCGAGACGGGCUCAACAGGGGACAUGAGGAUUAAACGCUACGUUUGCAAAUGUUUUCAAGGUGUCCUUUUUGUGUACAAAAGUGCCAAAAGGAUUUGGGACAGGGGACUGCCUCUGUUUGACUACUUGGAGUGCUUUGCGCUUAUUUGUUGCUGUGGACGGUUGACAAAACUCUGGAAAUAUUUAAAUAAACGCUAUGCCAAGUCCAACAAACCUUCUAUCAAGUCUGAAAGUGGCUUGACCAAUUUCGAAAUAGUAAGUAUGCAGGUACAACUGGAUCAGAAAGACAAUGAGAUACAUGAUCUAAAAGAGAACGUUCGAAAACUUGCACAAGACAAACGUCAGGCAGAGAUGGAAAAGCAAGAUGCUCUUACAAGUAAACGCUAUGCCAAGUCCAACAAACCUUCUAUCAAGUCUGAAAGUGGCUUGACCAAUUUCGAAAUAGUAAGUAUGCAGGUACAACUGGAUCAGAAAGACAAUGAGAUACAUGAUCUAAAAGAGAACGUUCGAAAACUUGCACAAGACAAACGUCAGGCAGAGAUGGAAAAGCAAGAUGCUCUUACUAGAUUGAGCGAGGUUAUCUCAGUAAAGCUCAGGGACAACAAUCCAAAUAUCGCGGAUUUAAAUGAUCCGUUCAGACCCACAAAACUGGCUGAGAUGUUUAGUGAGCUGUACGAGGAUGAAUGGACUGCCCUUUACACAGUAUUGGAGGCAUAUAAAGUCAAGGACGAACAAAUGAUAGAUUUUCUUCUUGAUGUUUUUAUGGAGUCAUUUACAUUUUGCAAAACGAAACUGGAUACCAACUGGCAGUUAGUUACAGGAUGGUAUUUUGACGAGAAUUUGCCCAAUAGCAAGUCUUUGAAAAAGGCGUUCAAAGAUGGCAGGAAGUCAAUGGUUCCUCGACUCCUGACUGAAAUUGAAAAGAAAUUUAAUACCUAUCUUUGUGGUUUCUGCAAGAACGCAAGUCUCCAGCCCGUUUUGACGAGUGGUAAAAUGAAAGAGUACGUGUCCAGUUGCGCAAAGUUGAGUUUGCUGAUGAACGCGAGCGAUCUACCGGUAAUCGUUGACUGUCCUGGCUGGGUGCCAUGCACACCAGACUACCAGUCGGAACAGGAUGAGCACUCUGGUGUAUUUGAACAAGCUACUGUCAACGCUGAAGGCGAUGAGAGCAACAAGAAUAGUACGUCGGAUCUUAAAGAGAGGCGGGAUUUCAACAAAGAACUAUUUAAAGAAUACACCGUGAGAGGGAAAUACGUGGAGUUUUUCGUGUGGCCUGUGAUGUACCUGCACGAGAACGGUCCGGUGUUGACCAAGGGAAUUGCUCAAGGUACCGAAAACAAAAUGGUAUCAGAUGAUGAUCAUCGAUGGAUGUGGUGGAAGACGACCAAUAUCGUAUAAACAUGAUGACUAAUUGGUAGAUACUAAUUGACCCAAGAUAAGCAUACACAUUGUAAAAUAUUGAAAGGAGAUGUUAGGAAUAUGAAUCCUUAGCGCCAACGAAGACAUAUGUUACACAAUACAGUUUCACAAUAUUACAGACUAAAUUAAUGUGAUUGAAUAGUUGUCUAGUAUUAUUUGAGACAUACUUGAAACUACAUUAAUGACUAAGUUCAUCUAAAAUAUUAAAGUGGAGUACUUUCAAUUUUACAAAACUUAACUUUAAUGCUUACUUA